AUGACGUUCGUCUGCGACAAGACACCCGAACUAUCAGAUUUUACUCUCAUCACUGGUGACGGAUCUCCGCCAGACGUAUCUGCACCGUUCACUCUUAAUUCCAUAACAUCAUCAACCCCAUAUACCUGGAAUGUCGUGGAAGUUAACGUCGACACCACUGGCCCUUACAUGCAAGGCUGCGGCGUCACAUACACAUCAGAUGAGUUCUUCAAGCCUGAUACACCCAAACUCUACGAUACCAACGGACAACCUCAGUUUGGCUGCAAGAUUGAUCUUCAGGCUGCCAUGGAAGCUGCAUUCUACUGCCCGGCGCCGUAUGUCCUGGACCCACCCAACUGCUUCAGCCAGGUCUACGUGGACGGUGAAGUAAAGAACAUGAGCGACCUCAGUAAAUCGUUAGUGGCAUCUCGAUCCAACCACUUUGUCAUCCUGAGCUUCGACAGUUCACUCGUCGGAGUCGGAGAAACGCUGCGUCAGGCGCCGCCGUUGGAAUGCCGCUGCGUCACCGUAAAGGGCGUCGUUCUCUCCACCAUCCAGAUCGAGAAAUACUACUCCAAGUAG